UGCAAGAAGCUGAUGAACAAGGUACAUGUCGCAUAUGCAGCGCACCUGCGGAGCCCGACCAGCCCCUCUUUCAUCCAUGCAAAUGCUCGGGCACAAUCCGCUACAUCCACCAGGAUUGGUUGACAACAUGGCUCGCGCAUAGCAAGAAGAAAAACUGCGAUGUCUGCAAGCACCCGUACUCAUUCACGAAAGGUUACGCGCCCGACAUGCCGUCAUCUCUCCCACCCAUCCUUCUCAUCAGACGCCUACUCCAACACAUCUUCUCGGGAAUAAUCUUCUCCAUGCGAGCUAUCGCUGUUGCUUCUAUCUGGUUAGGCGUUCUUCCGUGGGUAACUGUAUGGACGUGGAGGAUGUACUUCUCAAUGGGAGAAUCAACGGCCUGGUGGAUAAGCGAUCGUCCGCGACCUCCAACCCCCGACACACAUCCUUUCUAUAAUAAGAUCCGUUAUGAAUCCACCUCGCCACCCCCAAAGACCCUUUUCGCUCGAGUCACUUCUCACCCCGUCUGGCUCGCCCUCUCUGCCGAUAUCUUUACCGGGCAGAUCAUCGCAUCUCUCAUUGUGCUUACAUUCGUGGCUGUCUUCCUCCUCCGAGAAUGGAUAUCGCAGAAUGCUCGUCCAGGUGUUUUCGAAGACGAGGAACCCUUGCCUGAAGACCCAGCCGCUGUACCUCCUCAAGAUGAACAGCCUGGCCGAAGAGAUGCCCCUCUGCGUCUAGUAUUUCCACCUCAGCAAGCUCGAAGAGCGUUGCAGCCACUCCCACCUGCCCUACGGGCUGAGCCGCCGCGACCCGCAAAUAACCCUAACUUGCCUGCUCCUAGAAUGGACCCACUGCUGCUUAUGGACACAGAGAAUCAGCGUCCACGAAACUUCAAUCCAGAUGAUGCUGCGAAUCCUGAUCGUUGGCAAUUAGAAAAUAACGGCGAGUUGCACCAUAGACGGCAGAAGAAGAAAAAGGAGAAGGCAAGGCAGACAGAUGGUGACGAGGGACGGCGGCAUCGUCGAAAGACGACCGAUUCAGGGGAUGAGGCGCAGAUGGAAGUGGAGUUGAUGAAGAGGAAGUUGUUCCACAAGAGGAUACAUGUUGCACGAACGUCUGCAGCCAGGAGACGUGUGUAUACGAAGCGAGGAACACCUCUUCCACCGCCACCGUCGCCUCCAAUUAUGCCUCUACCGUUGCCACCUGCUUCAUCAGCGUCGACAUCGACUAGUUCGCCACAACAGUCGACGUUCGAUUUUACGUUUAAGCCGCCGGCUUCAACCACUGAUACGACAGAGCCGGGACCCUCUAUCACAGGGUCGAGCAAUUCCGCAGAUAAAUUUAGAACACUCUUUAGGACGCCAGAGAAUCCUGCACCUUCAAGUACCCCUGGCAUCGGUUCUGUGACACAUUUAUAUGUUCCUCCUUCCGGCCCGCCCUCCUCGUCCUCAUUCUUCCUUCCUCCGCCAAGCACCUUCUCGACAAAUGCGACAUAUGCACCCUCUUCGUCGUCCUCGUCAUCUUCGUCGUCGCCUUUUCCGUCCGUCACCCUCCAACCUCCGAGCGGCACCAUACCCUUCUCACUAGCCCAGUGGCCAGCAUCGUCUCCAUCUCCUUCGUUGCCCGCUGAGGCUGAACCCGAACCCGAACCCGAACCGCUGCAGGGGCUGCCAGUACCUGCACAUUUUUCAUUACCACCACCUCCAUACCCUGGCCCCGCUUAUCCUACGAGACCACCGUUGCCAACCGCGCCUCUGCACUGGUCGGCAUCAGGGUCCAGCUCGCCCUUCGUUUACUCGCCCGGUACGGAGAGCCCGAAUCUUGCGACCUACCGCGCUCCAGAGGAGCUGGAGGCAGAAGCGGGCCCGUCAAAUAUUCCUGGUGGGUACUUCGAUGCCGGGCCGUCUCGUCAAAAUGGAGAGAGAGGCGAGUGGGAGGUCCACGUCAACGGGCAUGGAGGAGAGGAGCGGGAUUCGGACGAGGAGGAGGAUAAUCGCUCCCUCCCGUCAUCGGACGAGGAUAUGGAGGCGGAGCGGAAUCGCUACUUCAAGGCCGCGGAAGAGGAGCACGGCACGGUGCCUGACGUCGUACGUGUGCCGUCGAUGGGCGCGCGGGUGCCGAUACUUAGAAGACCAGAAUCAGGCUCGGACACGGAGGACGAGUCAGACGACGGUGAAUUCGAGCUGAACGAGGUGGAUGACGGUAUUCCGGGUUUGCAUGACGAAGAUGAAGACGAGCAGGACGAGGAGGUGCAGGACGAGGACAUGUUCGAGUUUGAGGAGGGGGAGCCGUGGGAGGACGUUGAGGUUAUUGAGGGACAGGCAGGGAAUUUUGUACAGGAUGCGGCUGCUGGUGCGCAGCAGCAACAGCAGGGAGCGCAAGGGCAGGAUGGACAGCAGGCGGACGCGGAUAAUGCUGCGUUGGACAACGACGAGGCCGAUGGGGGUGUUGAGGAUGAUAUGGAGGGAGCGAUGGAAGGUAUUGGCAUGAGAGGGCCGAUAUAUGGCGUUUUCCAGAACGCCGCCCUCAUGAUUUUCGUCUUGGAUACUGCCAUCGGCCUAUGCAUCUGGGUACCAUUUACAAUAGGCAAAACCGCCGCCCUGCUAUCCGUGGACCCCCGUCGUCUACUACAAGUGCUACACCUGCCCAUCCGUGCGAUGCGUCUCAUCACAGACCCCAUCGUGGACCUCGUUGCCUUCGUUAUCUUCAGACUCAUCAUGCCACGCGUCCUCAACGGUUUCUCGUUGAUCUUCCGGGUUAUUAUGUUCUUCGUGUCGAACUCGAUUGGACAGUUCGUGCCAGAGGAGGCAACAAUUGGCAUGUCGGAGUUUUCUUCGAAAAUCGGGAAUCAUUCGGCUGAAUUCUUGAACCAACCGCUUGAAGUCUUUACAGCGUGGACGAAUCCCAGCAACCUAACCAAAGAGCACCUCUCAGAAAAUUCAACGUCGAUACUCAUGUCCAUCCCUGACCAUCUUGGAUUCACUGAACCGUAUUUCGAGGCAUUAGGUAGCGAAGUCCGCGAGUUCGCAACCAAGACGCAGACCACCUGGAUUACGCUUGCCCUUGGAACUGGGCCUUCCAACAGGGCUUUCGCGAUUUUCCUGGGAUACAUUGUCGUCACUCUGCUGUUCUCGAUUUACCUCAAUAUCUUGACGGUUGGGAAUGCGAAGACGGCUGGUAUUGCAGUGAGGAAUGCGGUUCGUCAGCAGCUGCUUGUUCUCAAGGUCGCUGCCUUCAUCGUCAUCGAGCUUGUUGUCUUCCCACUUGGCUGCGGAAUUGUGCUGGAUCUAUGCACUGUUUGGCUCUUCCCAGAGGCCAAUAUCCACUCUCGGAUUGCAUUCUUCAGUCAAGCUCCUCUGACCGCCAUGUUCUACCACUGGAUUGCCGGCACCAUGUUCAUGUACACCUUUGCCGUUCUCCUCUCCGGAUGUCGGUCUGUUAUGCGUCCAGGUGCUAUGUGGUUCAUCAAGGAUCCUCAAGACCAGAACUCGCACCCUAUUCGUGAUAUCCUCGAUCGUCCUACAUUAGUUCAGUUGCGCAAGAUUUUUGUUAGUGGACUCAUGUACUCGUUUGUCGUUGCUUGUGUUGUUGGAAGCAUUGCGGGUCUGUUACUUGUGGGCACACAUUCAAUCAUGCCGUUCAGGUGGAAGAAUCGGGAGCCACUAUCCAACGUUCCUGUCGACCUUCUCUUCCUACACCUUGUCCUUCCCUAUACGAUGCACUACUUCCGACCUAAACGAGCUGUCAAGGAGGUUGCCACAGUGAUCUGGAAAGCACUCGCGACUCGCCUCCGCCUCACCUCAUACUUCUUCGGCGGACGUCAUCCAGUGGAAGAACACACGCCCGACCGUUGGGUCGACAACCUCAUCCGCCCAGAAGUAUACGUCGCACACGAGGACACCGUCCCGGACGGCUCCUUCCGGCGGGUGCCAGCAACCGACCACCUCGCCCUGCCUCGCGACAUGCGCGCCACUGCCGCGGUCCAUGCCGACGGGACACCCUUGGACGAUGCCGCCCGCGAGCUGAUGGCCGCACAGGACGCCGAAGUGGAGAAGGCGAAGCACAUCGUCGCGGACGACUACAUGGUCGUGUACAUCCCACCCCACUUCCGGUGGCGCGUCAUCACGUUUAUCGUCCUCCUCUGGCUCGUCGGCGCCGUCAUGGUCGGCUUCGCCGUGGCCAUGCCCAUCCAGCUCGGCAGGAGCUUCUUCCGGCUGUUCACGCCCAAGGAUGUGCAUGACGGGUACUCGCUCAUCGUCGGCUUCUACCUCGUGUGGAUGUGCUACCUUAUCGCGCGGGCGGUUGAUCGGCUGGACAAGAGGAGGCAGAGGCGGGGCGGGGAUGGGCCGAAGGCGGACCUGGCGGUGCUAGUGCUGAAGAGGGGCUUUCUGUGGGUGGCGAAGACGCUGUAUAUGGUGUUUUUCUUGGGGAUCGUCAUCCCGAUCUUGCUGGCGGUGGUCAUUGAUUUGUAUGUUGUGUACCCGCUGCGUUUCGAGCUGGACCCGGACUUGGUACCGAGGAUACGCGUGGUGGACUCGUGGGCGCUUGGGCUGCUGUAUGCGAAGAUUGGGAUGUAUGUCCUUAGGUUGCAGGGCCCGAACAGGAUCACGAGGGGGUUGCAGCAUGUCACGGCCCUUGGAUGGACGCAUCCACACCCUGUGAUGGCGACGAGGGAGGUGAUCGCCCCGCUGAUGGGCGGGUUCUUGGGCAUGAUACUCUUCCCGGGUGUCCUCUUCCGUACUUUGCAGCAUUUCUUCCCGAGUGUCAACCUCGACAACAGGUUCAUGUGCAUGCACGUCUAUCCAUGGGUCUUCAUCCUCGUCGGUGGCGCACGCUCUGCGAUACAGCUCUACGAAAUCAUGCUCGGGUGGUCGCAGUCGAUAAGGGACAAGGAGUUCCUCGUCGAGAUGAGGCUGAAGAACCAUGAGCCCGAGGAGGAGAAAGCCAAGGAGCAAGAGGAGAAUGGGAAGCCAGACGAAGGUACCGAGCAGGAGGAGAACGGCCCACAGGCGAACGGAGAAGGGGCAGAGAGAGCGGAGAGGGCAGGACCAGAAGACCACCUGGCGCAGCUGGAACGCGUGGAAAGGGCUGUGGAUGCCAUCGCGGCGCGCACGGAGGAGCUGGCCCAACGCGUCGCGGAGUUUAGGGAGGCACAUGAGGCUGCGGUGGCUGAGAUGGAGGGGCAUGCCGUCCCGGGUCGUGCGCAUGAGCUGCUAUAGU